CCGCACAAUUUUUUCUGCAAAGAUUUUUCAACCCUCUUGGACGUUCUGCCAUACCAGAAGCAUUCAUGGUAUAUAUUGUUAUGUCACCUGCAUUAUUUCACUACCCACCUCUUUAAUUAGCCUGCUGCUUUUUGGGGUGUUCUAUUCCUUAUUACUCCUAAUCUUAGCAAAAUUUGCUUCCUUCCCGAACUUUGGUGUCGAAUUUCAGUGCAAAGAUGUCAGAUAUACCAGAAAACUGUAUCGAAAUUGGGGUUGCAGUUUUUUUAUGGUACCUCAAAAAUUAAGACGCUCAAAUGAUUUAAAUAAAUGGUAAGAGAAAAGACAAGAGAAGCUGUACACGAGUCAAUUUCCUCUCUUCCUGAAUUUGUCCCAAAAAAUCUGCCUGAAGUUGCGUUCAAUCUUGUACCAUUUUAAUCACUUAUCUUUGCAAAAAGUGAACAGAUUUUAAUCGGUUCCUUUGAUGCGAAAUGAUUUACAGAAGUGCCUUUUUCUAUACCAAAUCCAAUUGAGCAAUUCAUUAAAGUCAGACCAUCUCGCUUACGUUUCGAUUCCCCAAUUGAUCAAAAAUUAAUGACUUGCAUUAUUCGAAUUAUUCGUUUUUGUUAGAAUAGCGCUCUUACCUUUACUUAAAGAUAUCUUGCACAAAUUUACGAUCUGGCUCUGCUUUACAGAUGUUUUGUCUUUAAUAGUCAUAAAUUUAAACCUUUAUGAUUCCAAGUACUAUUUUGCUUUCAUAAGCAUUAUUGCAUUCAUAAGUAUAGUAAUCAUAAGCUACUAUUUUUGCUUUACUGUUUAUGCAAUCUAAACUGUCGUUCAAUUUAAUUAAGCUGCUGUUUUUAUACCGUUGCAUUUAGCCCAUUUUAAGAAGUAGACCCGGAAAAAACCGAAAACCAAAUUUUGUUCUGGAUUUCCUCAAUUCACCAGUCGCCUUCAGAAACUACUCCAAAAAACUAACAAUGGAACGCCAAUUAUGUUUGAUUUUAUUCUCUCUUAACUUUGCUGCGCCAAAAUUAGUCAGUUACCCAGUUCCGGAUUUCAAUAAAAACUAUAAAUUCCAAAAGGAGAUCAAAGUAAAUUUGCCUCAGGGUACGAUAAUUGGCAACAAACAAGCGUACACUUACGAAGCGCAACGGUACCUAGUCGGCGAAUUUCUCGGAAUUCCUUUCGCUGAAUCACCAGUGGGAACAAAACGAUUUGUUCGUCCAGUUAAACUCGAAAAGUUCCCUGAGAACCCUUUCGAUGCCAAAAAGUUCGGAGCUGGAUGCCGACAGAAUCUUGACUGGGCGUUCGAAGAUCCCGAGUUGUAUUCGGAUCGGCUAAGGGCUGCUUCGUAUAUGUGGAAUGUGUUAGAGCAAAGCGAAGACUGUCUCACUAUAAAUGUCUGGACUCCUUAUCCUUUUGAGUUGGGGGGAGGUGCGGCUUUGAAGCCAGUGAUGCUCUGGAUUUUCGGAGGUGGCUUCUACUCUGGAGCUUCUAACCUGGACGUAUAUCGAGGGUACAGAAUGGCGGCCUUAGAAGACGUGGUCGUUGUGACAUUCAAUUACAGAGUGGGUAUUUUCGGAUUCCUCAAAGUUGACGAACUCGAGAACAGUGGCAAUCAGGGACUCUAUGAUCAGAUUAUGGCUAUGGAGUGGGUGAAGGAGAACAUCCGCUCGUUCGGAGGCAACCCCGACAAAGUCACCCUCUACGGAGAGAGUGCGGGGGGAGCGAGUGUGGGAAUUCACCUCGUCUCUCCCCUCAGUCGCAAUCUGUUCAAUAAGGCCAUCAUGCAAAGCGGAUCCCCCACUGCAGUCUGGGCAGUGUUCGAUCAAGACGAAGUGGACGCUAAAAACACCCAAGUUCGCAGAAUUGUCGAGAAAAGCGCGUGCUCCUUGUCCGACCAAAAAAUAGACUACGCGCAGUGCCUGCAGUACCAAAACGCAGAAACUCUCUUGUUGUUAGAAGGCUCACUUUGGAUGUCGCCAGUAGCUAGAUAUCUAACGUUCCCAUUUGCUCCUUACAUAGACGGAGAAGUAAUCCCUGACGCCCCAUUAGAAAUGUUGAAAAAGGGAGACUUUGCCAAUGUUCCUGUAAUGGUCGGGUCCAAUCGCAACGAGGGAUUCUCCUUUAUUAUUUACCAGAUAGGCGGUAUCUUCAACGAUUUUGAAGGGUCGAACCCCCUAAACUCAUCUAUGUAUGACCUGGCAAUGUAUCAAGCAUUUGGCACUUCGCCUCUGCCAAUUUUUGAGUCGGCCCGAUUUUAUUACCGAAAUUGGACGGACAUUGAGAACCCGAUUUCCAACCGAGACGCCCUAGAUGACGCCACUGGCGAGCAGAACUUCCUCUGUCCGAUCAACCAAUUAGCCGAAUAUGUUUCCACUGCAGCUGAAAAGUGGCCCGAAACUCACUCCGAAAACAAAGUUUACAUGUAUUCCUUGCAGCAUAGGUUCUCGUAUGAAAGUUGGCCAGAAUGGAUGGGCGUUGUGCAUGGCGCGGAUGUCGAAUGGGUUUUCGGGAAAUUUCUAGAUCACCCAAAUGCCAGCAGAGAAGAGAGGACGCUUAACCGAAACAUCAUGACUCACUGGGCUAAUUUCGCCCGCGAUUCCGACCCGAACAUUGCUGGUUCCAGCGUCAAAUGGCCCGAAUGGAGCAAUGAAACCCAACUAGCUAAAAACUUAGAUGUAGAGUCUAAUAUAAAUGAGAAUUCUGAAUUCUCAAUAGGUCCCAGAAAAGCCCAAUGUGCAUUUUGGUCUUACUAUAUUCCCAAGAUGGUAGAAACUGUUAAUAGAGCGAGAAGCGCCAACUACGCGAUCGGUUCUUUUGCGAAAAGUUCCAAAGUGAUUGAUCACAGUCUAAUUCCACUUGUUCACGUUUUUAUUGUCAUCGCUUUUUCACGAUCACUCAUCACGGUAUGAUGCUAUGCUUACUCUAUUCGAGUUUAACUUUUUUGAUUAAAUUCAGAUUUGUUUGCGUUAUAUAUGUAAAUUAUUUUCCGCGUUUGAUAACUGAAAACUCACAAUCUAUUUUGUACUCUGUUUGCAUUUUUAAUAAUUGCGACUUGAUAUAUUUAUUGUCAUAAACUACGAAAACUGCGUAUGAAUUUAAUUUUUUAUUUUG